UCCGUGGGCUGCCAUCUUGUCAACAACAAAACUCCAUAUUCUCAAUCCCACAAUUCAUUAAUAUUUCAAUAAUGUUAUUAAUUCGAUCGUAUUAUCGUUAAUUAUACCGUAAAAUGAAAUAGUAUCGCUCGGAAGUGUUUAUAUAUUGAAAUUGAACGAAUGCUAUGAUUUAGAUUCCUGGGUCCGCAGCAAGCCAACAUGGACCAGUAUCGAGAUUGGUAAGAAAUAUUUAGAAAUAUUACAAACUUGAGAAUUCGAAGUUUGUGAAGACUCUUUGACUGUUUUAUUGGAUAAUUUAACGUAAAUUUCUUAAUACUUUGUUCGUGUAACUUAUGAAGUUUGGAAUUGUUAGAUCCGGAGUGAAUGAUGAAUGUAAAAAAUAUCAAAUCGAGGGGAGCGGCUAAAAGUUAAUCAAGACUGGUCUCUGUGUCUUAAGCUUAAAUUCUGCAUAUUCAGCAUUUUAAGAGUAUAAAACGGCCUGGAAGCAUAUAACUAUACAUCUGUAAUAUGUUAAUUAGUCUGAUGUUUCUCUGAAUUUUCAUAUAAAUCUGCUGUUUUAAUCAAUUAUUUUCUCUCCAGCAUUAUAUUAUUGGAAUUUAUUAACACUUGCAUAUCAAUGAAGCCCCUAUGGUGUAUCGAGAAAUGAGACUUGAACAAUCGCCGUUGAAGAAAAUUACAUGGUCGUAUAUCGCAAAGAUCCGUCAGACUUGGAGACACCUACGGGAACCACGGCCGCGCAAUCGGUAGACCAGUCGUCCAAUGAAGCAGAAAAGAGUACUGGGUUGCCGUUAUCCAUGGUGCCUCGGGCGGUCUUGAUCUGUCGUCCGAAUUCUCAUCCGUUUCAAGAACGGCACCUUGCGCUAGACCAGCCGGUGAAAGUCGGACGCUCUGUGGCGAGAUGUCGGCCGGCCACCAACAAUGCGAUAUUUGAUUGUAAAGUGUUAUCCAGAAAUCAUGCUUUGCUGUGGUAUGAAAAUGGAAAAUUUUAUCUUCAAGAUACAAAGAGCAGUAAUGGAACUUUUGUCAAUAAUCAGCGACUCAGUAAAGGAUCAGAAGAGUCUCCUGCCAGAGAAGUUUGUUCGGGAGACAUUGUACAGUUUGGAGUUGAUGUGGUGGAAAAUUCCCGUAAAGUAACUCAUGGAUGCAUUGUUGCUACACUAAAGUUAUUUCUUCCUGAUGGAAAAGAAGCCAAAGCUAGUCCAACCACAACAGUUGUACCUGCAAUUCCUGAAGCCACUAUUUCAACUCAUGAUUUGUAUCAACUUUCACAGUAUUUACAAGAAGCACUUCAUCGGGAACAAAUUUUAGAAAAUAAACUUAUUACAUUGCAAAAAGUUAUGUCCAGUACCCAAGAAGCUUCAGAUAAUGGAUGGAAGGCUUUAAUUGAUGAAGAUAGACUCCUUAGCAGAAUAGAAACUUUGGAAAGCCAAUUACAAGCUUGUUCAAGAAACUUUUCUGAUGAUAAAGUGAGAGAAGAAAUUAUAAAAUUACAAGAAGAAAAGGAUAAAUAUCAAAAUAUUGCUAAAAAUACCUUAUCAAAUACAGAAGAGAAAUGUUCUCACUUACGGGAAGUGUAUGAUAAUAGAGAAAAAGAACUCAGGUUAUUAACUGAAAAAAAUGAUAAGAACCAUAAGGAAAUUAUUGAUUUGAACAAGAAAUUGCAGGAAUCUUUAAGGAAAGUAUUACAAGAAAAAUUGGAAGCAAUAAGAAAAGUACAAGAUUUAGAGAUUGAAAGCAUUCAAGCUGAUUGUGAUUUUACAAAACAGCAAUUGGUUGUGAUGAAAGCUCGUUUUGAACAAAUGAAAAAAGAACACAAUUUGGAUGAAAAUGUAGACAGUAAUGGAAUAUCAAUAAUCACACAAGAUGUUAUUUUACCAAAUGAUGAUGAUGAAAUUGGGAAGCUUAAAGCUCAGUUAAGAGAAUCCAAAGAAGAAGAAGAAAAGUGCAGUAAUCUUGCUAAAGAACUUCAAGCAGAAGUAAACAGAUUAGAAAUUGAACUACAGAAAGUUCAAACAGAAAAUGACGUAAAUACAACAACUUUAACUAUUGUUUAUCCUUCCAAUAAACCUAAUGGCGAUUUACAUGAUGAAAUACAACAUGAUAAUACAAAUGAACUUCAGAAAGAAGUUCAGAAACUUAAAGUGCGGAAUGACCAUCUAGAAUUAUCUGUUCGUCAAUUGGCAUGUUCUGUAACACUUUUGCAAGAAUUAUUAGCUGAAACACGUCAAAAUAAAAAAAUUAUCGAGGAAGAAAUUUUGCAUCUAAGAGAACAAUUAAAUGAAUCAGAAGUUAAAGAAAAGAAAAUGAAUGAUGAUACAAGUUUGCUUCAACAACAAUUACAGCAAACAAAAAAACAGUUGAAUGAAAGAUCUGAUGUAAUAAACAAAUUGCAAGAACAAUUAUCAAAUGCAGAAAUUACUAAUCAAGAAACAAAACAAGAGAUUUCUGUUCUUCUCCAAAAAUUAAAUGGUGAAGAACAAUUAAGUCAUUUGAAACAAGAAGAGACCAACACUCUAAAAACAUUGGAAGAACAAGAAGCUCAUCAAAAACUAAUUGAAAACUUGGAACAGACAAAACAACAAUUACAAGAGACUCAACAAAUCUGUAAGCAAAGUCAAAAUGAAGCUGAACAACUUAAAAUGAAAAUUAAAAUUUUAACAGAGGAUGCUAAAAGCCAAUCAAAUCAUGAUAAAACCUUAGAACAAAAAACUGCUGAAUGUAAUACACUUCAAGAAGAAUGUGCACUUCUCAGAGCUAGGAUAAAAGCAAUGGAAGCCGAAAUAAGAACUUUUAGGAAUGAAAAUAUAAAAUUACAAGCAGAUUAUGCAUGUUUGCAAGAAUCAAACAGGAAACUUGAAUCCUUUAAUUUAGCACUUGAAAAUAAAGGAGGCGAUUACUUGAAAGAAACAUUAAUUGAACUUCGUAAAAAAGUGGACAGCAAAGAAAAAGAGUUGAAAGAAGCUAAUGAAGAAAUAUUACUACUAAAAGAAAAGUUUGCUGAAUGCAGUACACAAAAAGCCAAUAUUCAGAGAGAUCUUGACGCACUCACGGAAGAAUUUAAAUUGGUGACUUUGCAAACUAAAACGGUCUCGGCAUGUUCGUUCAUCCCUCUGAUCAUCUUACUUCUGGCCAUAAUUAUAGCAUUUUAUCCUUUUCUUUCACAUCUGACAGCAACUGCAGAUUCUACCAAUCUGACUUGAUUUGGAUAAACGAGCGACGGAACUUUUGUCAUAUCACCUCUGUUGGCCACAUCCCGCUUUUCGCAUGCCAGUCGUGAAACCUUCACUAGUCCUGGCCUCCGAAUGGAUAUUUUUUUAAGCAUACAAGAAUUUAAAACAGCAGCACAAACUCAAUGUUAGAAUUAUUGGAAUCACAUCAUAAUUAAAUCAUGUACAAGCUAACUAGAAUUUAUGGUGGUCCAUUCAUACUACUCGCUGCUCCAUCACCACAGUGGUGUGGCAGCUGGUGUUUCAGUUUACAGUGUUUCAUUUGCUUAGUGCUUUAAUGUGUUUCGACAGUUGUCAACUUAUAAUUUGUAAAGCAUAAUUAAAUUAAGACAGAUUUAUGAUAGGUUACAAAUAAUGUAUCCAUUUAAGAAAGGAAACAGUUUUAUACCAAAAGAAAAACUUGUGUAUAAAUUGGAUAUUUGUUUUGAGAGAGAAACAAAUCUGAACUAUAAAUAUAUAUAAAAUAUUGCACUGUAUGCUCUAGUACAUACAAGACCAUAAUGUCGGAUUUGCUUUCCAUUAUUUAUUUGUUAAAGUGUUAUUAGAUUAGUGUAAAACUUGUACAGAAGCAGGAUGUGAUAUUAUCUGUAAUUUAGAAUCUCCACAUUCCUGUGAUAAUAAUUUUUUUCAAUUAGAGUUUUUUUUAAGUAAUUUCUGCUUUGAAAAUAGAAUGAAUCCUAUGCGUGUCUCGAAAAUUUGGUUCGUUCGUUUGACGUCAAGUUAUUUUCCCAUGAUAUAUUUCUGCACUUUGUAUUCUGUUGGACUAGUAAAUGGCAGAAGUGUCAUUUUCAAAAGUCAGUUUUUCUACCCAAGAGCAAAUUUCUUCGGGGCAAAGAACCGAGUUAUGGAUUUUAUAUCACAAUGUACAUAAAACUUGCCAAGAAUUUCUCGAAAUCCUUGCAAGAGUGCAAGGAGACGUUACGAGGCAAAUCAAACUCCAGUUCCCACUUAAAAAUGUAUCGUGUAUAUGAGAUUUACAACCAGUUAGUAAUAAUAUCGUAGAACCCAGCACGGGUAAGACUCCACAUUUCGUUUUCAGCUUCAAUGUACCAUUCAUCCAUCACCAGUUAUCGUUUAUUUUAAAUGAAAACAAGGAAAAAAUAAAAAUAAUAAUAAUAAUACUGUAAAUAUGGCAGCAGUUCAUAUAGAAAGCCAAAAUAAAAGCAAUGUGUACAUAAUGCACUAUAUAUCACGGGUAUAGGGAGAUAAAGUAGCUGACAUUUUACAGAAUGCUUGGAUCAUGGUAUGUUGUGAAAGUGAUGAUUUACUUUUGAAUUUGAUUUAUUAAAUAAAAAGAUCCUUCAGCAUUCAUUCUAAUACCAGUUGUAUCUUCUUUUGUGUGUUUGUUUGUGUUUUUUGUUUAGAAAUUACAGGGGGAGAUCUUAAGAUAAGGAGAAAAACAUACUUGUAGCAUCCCCCUGAAAGUUUCCAGAUCAAAAAAUAAAUCCUGUAGGAGGGGGAUUUUAAUACUUUCACAGUUAACAGUUUCAUACGAAAAAAAAACAUUCUAAGGAAGUUAAACAACCAGUACAGAUGCUUUUGCGUAACAGCCACCACCCCCACGACACCACAAACCGCAGUCUCAGUUUGCACUGCCCAAAUUUGGC